ACCGAUUCGAUUACUUCUUCAACAACUGAUAAUUCUCCUUUAAAUCAACAAAACAAUUUAAAAGAAAAAUUAAAUUGGCAAAGGAGAGGAGGACAUAAUAGGCGAGAAUUAGGAAUUAAAAAAUUAAUAAAGAAUGGUAAUAUCGAAAGGAAUUUAUUAGAAGAAGAGGAAAUGAGGAAUGAAAAAUUAUUAGAAAAUAAAGUGAAGCAACAACACAAAGAAAUCCCUACUUCAAUCGGAGGAGGUGGCUCUUUUGCACAGGAAGAAUUCGAAAAUCCAGUAAAACAGCAGAAUGGUGUCAGUUUGCUUCAAAUGCCUUUUAAUCAAAAAGAAAAUAUUGAAACUAGUCCACUAGUGAGAGCACCAAAAUUUAAUGUUGUUCCAUUAAAUAAUAAUAAUUCUCCAAUAAAGAAAACUGGGAAUAGAAGGGAUGGUUGGGUACAUAUAGAUGGAGUUUCUGAAAUUAUUGUAGAUAAUUCUAGACUUGAUGGAUUACUUGAAUGUUGCCAAGAACAAUCUUUUGGAUGCCGACCUUUAUGUACAAGGAAUGUAAGCAAAGAACAGGUUAGAAAGAAACAAAAUUUUAAUAUAAAGAUAUCCUUUCAUCUAUUGCAGAUAAAACAAGCAAUGUCAUCUGGCCGUUGUCCUCCUUUAAGCCUAACAAAUGUUAUUAAAUGCUUUCCUCGUUUCUACAACAUUACUUCUGUAGGGCAAUGUUGUGCCUCCUCAAGUUUAAUUAAUAGUAAUUCAAAUUUGCCGAUAAAUCCAUUUUUGCAAAUAAAACGUGAAAUUCCUCCUCAUUGUUUGAGUUUAUGUUCUCCAAAUUUUCAUCUUACAUUAGCUCAUUUGGCAUGUAUUGAGUUUGUUGAACAAAUUCUUGGUUGUUAUAGACAAUUAUUAGAAAAAGAAAAUGGUUGGAAUAAAAGGGAAGAAUGGGGAGGGGAAUCUGUUGAAUUACUACAGAAUUUUCAACACAAAUAA